AUGAAAUUAGCAAUUUGCUGCCUUGUUCUUAUGCUGACUUUGAGGGCUUGUGUUGCCGUGUCGGCCUCUCUAAAAUUAAAUCCCAAGUUCCAAUACCUAGGUGUUGGUUAUAAUGGUAUAGAAAACCGGUAUUUGGUCAUCUUUAGAACCGGUUUCACGAAAGUUGGAGCCGACAUGCAUUUUAACAAACUGAAAUCGACCAUGAAUAUUCAACAAGGACAUAUUCCAAAGGAUAACCCAUGUGCCAGCGGUACAAUUAUAAGUGAGCUGAUCCCUCAUGAUAUGAUCUACAUCAUAUCAUGCCCGAGUGAACAAAUAUUACGCCUGCUUCUUAAUGACAACGACAUCACAAGGAUCGUACAAGAUACAGUGGUCUCAACUCAACAAUGUUCAAACAUCAAUGCUUAUACUCUCCCGAACCCGUCCAGUCUUUACUGGAAUCUUGAUAGAAUAAACCAAGAAAACCCAAACCCAGUGGAUGGUUUUUACUCAGUAUUAGGAAAUGGGAUGGGCGUGGAUUUGUAUGUCAUAGAUUCAGGAAUACGUUCUCAACAUGAUGAGUUCACAAAUCGAAUUGAUAGUGCCGGGUAUAACUUUGUAGAUGGUAAUAGCUCUCCAGAAGAUGACAUGCCUAGUGGUCAUGGGACAUUAGUUUCAGGAAUCGCUGCAGGAACUAACACUGGGGUUUGCAAAAUGGUGACCAUAAUUCCAUUUAAAGCAAUUGGCGCGGAUGGUACAGGAUCGGCUGGUGAUCUUAUAGCUGCGAUUCGCAAGGCAAUCGAUUUGAAGGCGACACGGAACAGACCUGCGGUUAUCAAUAUAUCCCUCGGAACGGUGCCAUAUGCACAACUGGACGUUGCUGUAAAAUCGGCGGUGAAGAGUGGUAUAUUUGUAAGCGUUGGUGCUGGCAAUUUCAAAAAGCUUUGGGCAAAACAAUCACCCGCCCGUGCACCUAAAGCAUUUACAGUUGCUAGUGUUGGCAAAGAUGAUAAUCUCAGUUGGUUCUCAAACUUUGGUGCAGGAGUCGACAUUGCGGCCCCUGGUGAGGAUAUAUAUUCUGCGUCUAACGCCUGUGAUAACUGCUACACAAAUGGUUACGGAACAUCAUAUGCUGCUCCCCAGGUAGCAGGCGUAGCAGCGUGCUAUUUAAGUGUUUAUCCAACAGCAACAGUCCCACAAGUUGAAGCUUAUUUGAGGAACGGGUCUUGGAAAGACAAGAUUGGAAAUAUUGGAGGUGGAGUUAACCCAGGAACCCCAAACCGAAUUCUUCGCUCAAACAAAUGUUGAUUCCUGAAGGAAAUCACGUGAUCGGCAAAUUGUUGAUGAGAUAUACAUGAGACCACCAAGAAAAUACUAUUAUGAUCAUGAAAUACUUUGUAAACCUAAAAUGAUAUUUAACGAGAACACGAAUGAUUUUUUUCUCCAAAAACAUGUAAUUUUAUUUUAAAUAACAUUUGAUACAGUUGGGUUCAUUGGAAAGUAAUAUUACAUCCGAAAUACUUUAUGUACUGCUUGUUAGAUGUAUUUAUAUUAGCCGUAACAAUCCUGUCAGUGGUUGGUCUUAAAUGCUUAUUUUAAUUUGAUGUCAUUAAAUAUAGUACGUAACUGUACUUAAAUAUAAAACGCGAAAUAAAUUGUCAAUUUUAUUUUA